AUGCCUCCCUGCUUUCAGGUGGCGUCACUUGCCCUGCUCUGCUACACUCACUCGGAACCUGCAUCGCGUGGCAGCCAUGAUGCUGGGGCGCGGGCCAAGCAAGCUCUGCACCACGGUCGGCCCCACGCCACUGCCUCAUCGCCAUCCUCAGUGAACAUUGGGUCCGUCAAGCGCUGGGCCUUGUCCGACUUCUGGUGGUGCAUGCAUAGCGGCACAUGCUUGAAGCCCUGCAAAUGGAGUGCGCUCCUCGGAGUUGCCAGAUAUCCCGAUGGGCGUGGCCAGCGGUCCCUCCGCUUCGUGUUCUUCACGGCUUCCUGCAGCCACUUGGCGGCCUCUUUGUCUCUGCAGAAGCCAGGCACAUCGGUGUCUCUUCUCUGGGCUAUCCAGUCUGAAGCGUCCUCAAAGGUCUCACCCAUCAUCACCGCCCUGAUCGAACCUGAUGCUGUUGGCCUAGCCGUUGAAAAGCUUGGAAUGAGGCCAAGCCAGGGCAUGCUGGAGCAAGCAGUUUACCAGUUUCUGUCCCUAUGCCUUCCACGAAGUGUGGAAGUUUGCAGUGUGCCUGACAUUGAUGUGCCUAGCACUGAGAAGUUUGCAAAAGUUGAAGAGGAACGGGCUCUGAAGGCAAGUCUAAUGAAGGAACUUCAGGAACUUGAGGUUCUGUUGGAGAAACGACUGCGUGCUGCAGAACUUAAACGGAUGGUCACGCACACCAUGCAUGAGGAAAAGGUUUGUGAACAUGAGCCCUCUGUGCCACCCAUGUGUGAACCAGCAGUGGUUUGUGAGAAACAUGUGACCUUGACGGCUGCUCCAUCUUCGCACCAAGUUUGCAUCAUGCAUGUUGAAAGAUUUGAACUUCACCGAGACCCUGAUGAGCUUGACACCUUGCCGAUGACCUUGCCCUUGGACAUCGACUGCAUCGAAGGUGAUGCUGCAAACAGUGGAGAGUCACACGACCCUGGUCUCCAUGCAGAGCUCUCUGAUGAGCCCCCUAUGGAACAUGAGGUACCUGAUGUGGCCGCAGACCUGUUGAAUGCAGAGCAUACCACCGAGCCAGGGUUGCUGCUUUGCAAGACGGCUGGGAUGAUGAAACCGCGAAAGAUGCUGGACGUAAGGCCCACUGAGUCUCUGAGUGCACAGUUCGGCGUUUGGAGCAGGACCCAUCCAUUAGCCAAACCAUGGCGACCCUUGCAGCUCUCGCCCCAAGCCAGGCCAGUGAAAGCACCUGCUGCCAGCUCAGCUCAGAGCUCCUCAGAGCCAAAGCGACCUGAACCGAAGCCAAUGCCAACCAAACCCGCCCAGCAAUGUUCCAAAGCACCUGCUGAACCUCCUGGCCACUCCCAGCCUAAACCCACUCAAAAAAUGCACCAGCAUGUGGUGGAGGAACCAUUACCACCGCCACCGGGGCCACCACCUCAAGACCAAGUCUUUCGGCCACAGAAGCGAACACCGCCUCCCCCCCCACCAAAACCACCUGUGAUGCCCAAGCCGUGGUGGCCACCCAUUCCACCUAAAGCUCUGACCAGGGAGAUGAUGAAUGCAAAGCCUGCAGAGCCAGCCUCGCCCCCCAAAGAAGGUUCUGAGGUGUUGGGAGCAACAGGCAAGGCAGCAGCCGUGGCAACAGCCAUGGGAACACCCGCUACAAGAGGCAAGGCAACAGCAGAGGCAACAGCUAUGCCAGCAGUGCCACCAGCGAAGGCAUUUGCAAAGAAUGCAGACGCUGUGGGUGAAAAGGCUUGUCAUCUUUUUGCGCUAGGAAACGAGCUGGUUUCAAUGUGGGUCACUUUGAUCUGGUACUGGGUGAAGAAGACGGACAUCCAGGAGAAGCUAGCAAAAGUGGCUCGAAUGCAAGCUGCUGUGGAAGAGGCUGAGAAAUCUUCCACAGCGACAUCGUCGCCGCCAUCAGCAGUUGCGGUGCCAGGUCAGUUUUUCAGUGCCUCUGCAACUGGUGCUCAUCUAGAAGCAGAAGCUAGUCGGCAAGAAGAGGAAGUGCUUGCUGAGAAAGCCAGAGUGGACGAAUUCGAACAACUUCAACACUUUCAAUCCGCAGAAUUGGAAUCACAUGGGGCAAAGAUAGAAGCCCGUCACCGAGAAAUGCUUGUGGAACAUGAGAAGAUUAUGAAGGCUCAGGAAGACAUUCGUGUGAGAACUGAGAAGCUUGAUGAAGAGAGAAAAGCCAUGAAUGCUGAAAGGCAAAAGCAAAGGGAAGCGGCAGAGGCUACACGUUUGGAAGCUGAAAAGAAAGCCAAUGAAGCAAAAAAGGUCCAAGAAGAAAGGUUGGCUGCAGAGGCAGCACGUUUGGAAGAGGAAAAGAAAGCCAAAGAAGCAGCACAGGUCCAAGCUGCGGAAAAGGCAGCUGCAGAGGCUGCACGUUUGGAGGAGGAAAAGAAAGUAGAAGCAGCACGUGCGCAAGCUGCUGAAGAAAGAGCACGUUUAGAAGCUGAAAAGAAGGCCAAAGAAGCAGCACAGGUCGAAGCUGCUGAAAAGGCGGCUGCAGAGGCUGCUCGUUUGGAGGAGGCAAAGAAAGAUGCAGAACGAGCUGCAGAGGCUUCGCGUGUAGAAGCUGAAAAAGAGAGGCUUGCAGAGUUAGAACGAGAAGAGAUGGCCAAACUACGUUUGCAGCGUGAGCAGGAGAAAGCAGCUUUCAGGUUGGAACUGGAGAAAGCAAGGGAUCAAAAAAUGAAAGAUGAUGCAUCUGUGCAAAACAUCAUGGAUGCCUUAAAAGUUUCCCGAACAGAAGCUGAAUUCCUUCUGAAGAGUCAAGAAGAUUUCCGCAACCAAAGCCCAAAGGUGACAAGCACUGCUGCUGAAAAGUCAGGGGGAUCAAAUGCCAACCUGCUGAAACCUGCAGUGCCAGCAUCUGCUGCUGACAUGGAGGAGCUGCGCAGGAUCGAUGAAGCAAAUGCAAAGCGGGAACAGGAGAUGAAAGAUUUGGACGCACAAAUGGCGUUCUUUCAGGAAAAGCUUCGUGUGGCAAGAGAGCAAGCAGCAGAGUUAGAGAAACGCAAAGAUGCCUUGAUGAACCAAGAGACAAUCCCGAGCCCACCUCCCACAGUGCCUGCUGUGGCUGAAACACCAGCGACUCAAUUGGAUUCCCAGGAUAACUCGGAGGCUCUUCAAAGCCAUGCACUGGUGGAGCCUGCCAAGAAAUCCAACCGAAUGGAUGCUGAUGACUGGAAGAUUCGCCGGUACGCACAGAAUGCCAAAAGAAGCAGCAAAGAUGUGCAAGAGAUGUAUGAAACCGAGUCUGGCAGGGCAGAUUUGAAGAAGAUGUUCUUGGAAAGUGGGGGCAACUUUGACCUGGUGGAGCUUAAUGUGAAAAAAUGGGUUGAAUCGAAAAAGACUUCAACUGACCUUGAGAGCCGGGUCACCAAACGCCAGCUUCGCGAGAAGUACUUCUGGGACGAGGAAAUGAUCGAGAACACCUUUAAAUGGGCCAGGGAAAACAACAAGCUCUUCAAGCACCCCAUUUCGGGUGGUGAGUUUGUCGACAUAGAUGUUGAACAUCUCAAGAAGAAUGUGAACGAGACGGGCAGCAGGCUUUCGCAAAGUGCCACGGCUCACUAUGAGGACUCGACAGGUUCUUUGCUGGACCGUCCUGAGCACUCGGCGCCAACAAUGGCCGACUCCAAGCCAGGUGAGACACAGACUGUUAUGCCUGUGCUUUACGACGGUAUCGACAAGCCGCUGAAUGUGCUGGCUGCAGAGAACAUGGACGACAAGGAGCUCCUGCUGAAGACUUUCAUCAGCGUUUCAAAGGCAGACUGUGAGAUGAAUCUCUACUUGGUGCGUGCAAGGUCUUGGAAACCGCCUGAGACUGAAGAAGCCAAAGCUGCAAAGGCAGCAGAGCGCGCAGAGAAAGCCAAAAGGAAGAAGGAAAAAAAACAUGCCAAAGAGGAGCCAGCGGAUGUGAAAUCGGAAGAAGAAUCCGACGUGACGGAGCAAGAUGCUUGGAAAGCCAUGUUACGUGACUACUGGGGGAAGUUCAGAGUGGUGAAGGGGCAUCACAAUGUCUUUCAAGACCACCUGCAUGAGUUGGACUGCUGUGUUCCUGUUAUGGUGCAUGGUGACGAGGGUCGUGGUAAGUUGAGAAGGGCGGUGAGUGUGACAAGCCUGCAGCCAGCACUUGUUACUGCAGAAGAUGGCAAAAAACAUCGCCUGUUCAUUGUCUUGGUUGGCGUCAAGGGGGAUUGGGUUUACCUUCGAGUGGUACAACAUGAAGCGGACGGCUGCCUGGGUCACGGAAAGGCCAUGGACUUCAGCAGUGAAACAGCCUGCGCCUACCUUGCACACCCUACCGGGGGGUGGGCCAUGUGA